UUGGCUCCGGAGCGCCUGCGGGGAUAGGAGGAAGACUAGAGAUAGACCCCCGCGCCGUUCUAUGACGUCAGUGUGCGCCGGUCCGCUCCCCCCACCCCCUUUGGGAAUUAUGUAGAAUUUUUUCCAGGAGCUCACGUUCUAUCGGUGGAACGCUGGCGAUCGAUGUGUCUCGCGCCCCCACCAUCCCCGGAGCGCUGCAGCCGCGGACCCCAGGCUGCGUUCCCAGGCGUCUGCACUAGGGGCUGGUUGGCCCUGCGGCUUCUCCUGGGAUCUGAUCAGCCCGGCUCCUGCGGCAGGUGAUUGCCCAGGUUGCUCGCCCUGCUGGCUGCCCGGUUGCAGAAGCAGCAGGAGGUUUUGUAGUGCGUGGUUACGCAGCCUACUCGUCCGUCUGGGAUCUUGGUUAGGGCAGUUCGGUGUGUUAUAAUUGGCUUCCUUUGGCUGCUGUGCAUGGGCCUGCGUGAGUCCUGCCAGCCUUUGUUUUCUUGGUGGUGAGAGGAGGGGAGCAUGGCAGCCUCUGGGUCGGAAAAAAGCAACAAGAAGAAAACAGAGAAGAAACUUGCAGCCCGAGAAGAAGCUAAACUGCUGGCGAGCUUUAUGGGAGUCAUGAAUACCAUGCGAAAACAGAAAACUCUCUGUGAUGUCAUUCUCAUGGUACAGGAAAGAAAGAUCCCAGCUCAUCGUGUUGUGCUUGCUUCAGCCAGUCACUUUUUUAACUUGAUGUUUACUACAAAUAUGCUUGAAUCAAAGUCCUUUGAAGUGGAGCUAAAAGAUGCAGAGCCUGACAUUAUUGAACAGCUUGUGGAGUUUGCUUAUACUGCAAGAAUUUCCGUUAAUAGCAAUAAUGUCCAGUCUUUACUAGAUGCAGCAAACCAAUAUCAAAUAGAACCUGUGAAAAAAAUGUGUGUGGAUUUUUUGAAAGAGCAAGUGGAUGCUUCAAACUGUCUUGGUAUAAGUGUAUUAGCAGAAUGCCUAGACUGUCCAGAACUGAAGGCCACUGCAGAUGACUUUAUCCAUCAACAUUUCACUGAAGUUUACAAGACAGAUGAGUUUCUACAGCUUGAUGUUAAACGUGUGACACAUCUCCUGAACCAGGACACACUAACUGUAAGGGCAGAAGAUCAGGUUUAUGAUGCAGCAGUCAGGUGGCUGAAGUAUGAUGAACCUAACCGCCAGCCAUACAUGGUCGACAUCCUUGCUAAAGUCAGAUUUCCUCUUAUAUCGAAGAACUUCUUAAGUAAAACCGUACAAGCUGAGCCACUUAUUCAGGAUAACCCUGAAUGCCUUAAAAUGGUGAUCAGUGGAAUGCGAUAUCAUCUGCUGUCUCCGGAGGACAGAGAAGAGCUAGUGGAGGGCACGAGGCCACGAAGGAAAAAACACGAUUACCGCAUUGCCUUAUUUGGAGGAUCACAGCCACAGUCUUGCAGAUACUUUAAUCCAAAGGAUUACAGCUGGACAGACAUCCGAUGUCCCUUUGAAAAGCGCAGAGAUGCAGCUUGUGUCUUCUGGGACAAUGUAGUUUAUAUUUUGGGUGGCUCCCAACUCUUCCCUAUAAAGCGAAUGGACUGCUACAAUGUGGUGAAGGAUAGCUGGUAUUCCAAACUGGGACCUCCAACGCCUCGAGAUAGCCUUGCAGCCUGUGCUGCGGAGGGCAAAAUUUAUACAUCUGGUGGUUCAGAAGUGGGAAAUUCUGCUCUGUAUUUAUUUGAAUGCUAUGAUACAAGAACAGAAAGCUGGCACACAAAGCCCAGCAUGCUGACUCAGCGUUGCAGUCAUGGGAUGGUGGAGGCAAAUGGCCUGAUUUACGUAUGUGGAGGAAGCUUGGGAAACAAUGUUUCUGGAAGGGUCCUGAAUUCCUGUGAAGUUUAUGAUCCAGCAACAGAAACGUGGACUGAGCUGUGUCCAAUGAUAGAAGCCAGGAAGAAUCAUGGGCUGGUGUUUGUAAAAGACAAAAUAUUUGCUGUGGGUGGACAAAAUGGCUUAGGUGGCCUAGACAACGUGGAAUAUUAUGAUAUUAAGAUGAAUGAAUGGAAGAUGGUGUCACCAAUGCCGUGGAAGGGUGUAACAGUGAAGUGUGCUGCUGUGGGCUCUAUAGUCUAUGUCCUGGCUGGCUUUCAGGGUGUGGGCCGAUUAGGGCACAUCCUUGAAUAUAAUACUGAAACAGACAAGUGGGUAGCCAACUCCAAAGUCCGUGCUUUCCCAGUGACGAGUUGUUUAAUCUGUGUUGUUGAUACUUGUGGAGCAAAUGAAGAGACAUUAGAGACAUGAAGGCCUCAAGGAGAGGUCAGGACAUUUUUCAGAGACUUGGAAAAGAUGGCCAUUGGUGCUUUGCUUCUGUGUUUUAUUGAUUCUUGUUAAACUGAAUAAUCUGAAAAAC